ACACUCCACCAGACCACAAUGAAAACUUAACGAUAAUAUAAGAAAAAUUCCAAAUAAUAACGCCAUUUUGCAUCUACAGAUGAGUUCGCGCCUUUUUCGUUCCUUUUUUAAAUGGCGAGCGCCGCGCCGCUGCGCCCGCGUUCGAUUUUCAAAAAUGUGACUGUCAAACAGCUAUUUUUGGAACUGUGAUUUUGAAAUAUUCAAUGUGAAAUGACUUGGUUUUAGUUAUUUUUUUGCGUAUUUUUUUUAUUGUAUUUUUUUCAAUAUCUACGCUCGCCGUUCCGUGAAAUUGCGGGAAAAAAAUUAAUAUUGCGUAACUUGGAAAUAAAAAUAGUGUGCGUCGUGUCGAUAAAGAAUUUGGCGCGCAAUCUUAAAAGAAGGUUUUAUUCGAAACUGAAAAAGACCUCGUAAGAAAAUCUUUUUCGUUUAUUUUGUAAUGUGAGUGAAGAUUCGGACUUUUUGUGUUGUGUUGAAAGGAAUUAAGAUCCGAAGACAUCGUCGGAGUACAAAAAGAGUGUGAAUAAAAGAACCGCGAGCGAUCGCAUGUCCUCGUUGUGACGAUACGUCCGAAACUGGAAUUAAUGUUGAAAUACUUCAAUGAAAACAUAUCCCUAGCGCUGCAGGAGAGGUACAGGGACCUCCAUGAGUAUCGGAAGACGGAAGCGGUAGAGGAGGGCUCACCGAGGGAGGCUAAAGUACCGAAAAUAGCUGAGGAAGGCGAGCAGGUCGGCGGCGAGGGCGCGUUUGAGCCGAGCGCCGCGCCGCCGUUCCCGAGGCUGCUGGACCCUCCCAAGGAGGAGGACAACUUCGUGGCGAGCUGGCUCCAGAACUCCUUCAAGAUGACCGCCGCCGAAGGCAACCCCGAGGCUUCCGCGGGAGGCAGCGCGCUGGACCUCCGCGCUGCCCCUCUAUCUCUCCACAUACCAACUCUGCAGCAAGCGGCUGAGGCGCAGAGGCAGUUCAAGAUGCAGGACUUCUGGAACAGGAGCCGGCCAGGCUCUCCCAGCCAGGACCAGCUGGGGGAGGGCCACAGCCAGCCGGGGCCGGCGCCUCCGACGCCGCAGCCGCCAGCCACGCCAGACCACAAGAUUAUGACUGAAAAACUGGUCAAUGAAAUACAGCAGCAACAGCAGUCACCUUCAGCCGACUCGACCAUGAGCGAAAGAUCACUCGUACCGUUUGCGCUGGUAAAUUUACUAUCAACACUCAAUAAUAUCGAUCCGCAACAACAGUCGCCGACCGGGGAGACGCCGCUCGGUGAUCGCAACGCUAUGUUACCCUUCGCUCUGGUAAAUGUCCUGAAUAGCCUCAAUAUCGAUCAACAAGCGCGGUCAGGGCAGAGCAUCAGUGAGAGAACCCUAGAGGAGUGCUGGUCGACACUUCAGCGAAUAUUUAUGCACAAAAACGCCAUGCAGAUGCACGCAAGAGAACUGCAAAGGGGUCUCGGAGGAGAAGUGAAGCCUCAUCAGUGUCAGCAGUGCUUGAAGUCCUUCAGUUCCAACCACCAGCUGGUGCAGCAUAUUCGAGUGCAUACGGGGGAAAAGCCGUAUAAGUGUUCCUACUGUGACCGACGGUUCAAGCAGUUGAGUCAUGUGCAACAGCAUACGAGAUUGCAUACAGGGGAGCGCCCUUACAAAUGUCACCUACCUGAUUGUGGUAGAGCCUUCAUCCAGCUGUCGAAUCUUCAACAGCAUCUGAGGAACCAUGAUGCCCAGGUCGAAAGGGCAAAGAACCGACCCUUUCAUUGUAAUAUUUGUGGCAAAGGAUUCGCGACUGAGAGCAGUUUGAGAACGCACACUGCAAAGGAGCUUCAGCUGCACCUUGGUGUUUUGCAGCAACACGCGGCACUCAUGAUAGGUGGCGCCACCGCCACUCCAUGCCCAAUAUGCCACAAAGUAGUGUUCGGGGGCGAAGCCCUAGUAGAACACAUGAAGAAUACACACAAGGACCCCAAUGCAUCCGGCGUUGCGAGCCCUCCGGCUACGUCACCAUACCCGGCGCAAGCUAAACCUGUUGACCCUUACAUAGCGAAGCGACGGACGGCGAACCACCCGUGUCCUGUCUGCGGGAAGCACUAUGUCAACGAAGGUUCGCUGAGGAAGCACCUGGCCUGUCACCCAGAGACCCAGCUCACCAGUGGACUCCGAAUGUGGCCGUGUUCCGUCUGCCAAGCUGUGUUUACGCAUGAAAGUGGUCUCCUCUCCCAUAUGGAACACAUGAGAAUGGAACCUAAACAUCAGUUCGCCGCGCAAUACGUGCUCUCCCGAGCGGCUGCCGAGAGACGAGAGAGAGACAUCAUCGCCGCCGUCUCGGCAUCGGCCGGAGGAUCGGGCCUCUUGAACCUCGCGCCACCCUCCCCAGCGCACUCAGACUCUUCCUCGAAUGGACGACUGUCUUCCUCUGCCGGUUCCGAAGCAGGGGCAGCAGUCAACAAACUCACGGACCUACUCAGAUCAGCUAAUAAUGGACACCAAGCAUACGGAGAUGAGAGAGUAGCCGCGAUUGCCGCGGCCGCCGCCAACAUGAUGGCCCAGCCAGGCGAAGGUGCUAGUGCCGUGCAGGUAGCUGCUGCCAACCUGGUAUCCGCGAUGAGGCAGCAACUGGCCAGAGAGCCACCCCCGGCUCAACCACCUGCGGAAACUCCACCAGCACCUUCGGAAGCAGCAUUGAGAAUCCAACAAGCUGAGGCCCUUCUACGGAGUCAGGCUGAGGCAUUACGACUGGCUGUCUCCCAAGCCGCAGCGGCUCACGGCAACGAGGCUGCAAGUCCUUUAAGACACAACGGAGGCUUUCCUCCACAACCGCCAAACGACGCUAGUGGACAAAUAUCACCGGAAUUAGUAGAAGCUUUCAGAAUCGCACAAGAGCAGCGACUAGAACAGGCUUUGAGAUUGCAUGAUCCCAGGAUGUUGGGUUUUAACCUGCCUUCACCGGUGCAACAGGCGGCUCAACAGGCUGCUCAGCAAGCUGCCCAGCAGGCUGUCGCUGCUCAACAAGCAGCGGCUCAGCAAGCUGCCCAACAGGCUGCGCAGCAGGUGGCCCAGCAAGCUGCCCAGGCUGCACAACAAGCGGCUCAGCAGGCCGCGCAACAGGCCGCACAGCAGGCCGUCCAGCAGCAGCACAUCCAAGCCGCGCAGGCCGCUCAGGCCGCCCAGCAGGCUGCUCAGCAAGCUGUCCACCUCCAGCAAAACCCUCAGCCAUGAAAAUUUAGCUAUUACUAAUCCGAUGCGAUUUCGACGCAGUAGGUGUAAUUUAGCUCGUAAAUCCUAGUAAAAAUUAUAAAAGGGGGACUUUUGUAUUUUUUCGACGAAAAAUUAUUUUAGCCGGAGUUCGAAUGAAAUCGCCUCUGAUUGGUAAUUCGUAACAAUCUAUUAUUUUACCGAGUUAGUUUUGGACUCUAAAGUGUUUUUAUGUUUAAUUUUAGCCGGCAAAAGUAUACAAAAGUAUACAAAAAAAAGUAAUAACAUUAAUUUAGAUAGAACUAACUGUUGUAAAUAGGGAAACUUUUAGCGGAAACAAAUUUUACUGUAUAUAAAAUAAAAAGUACCUAAAAUAGUUGAAUGAAUGAACAAAAUGGAACAAAAACUCGCCCGAACAAGUAAUUAGAUGUAGAGUUACGACAAAUAAUAUUACAGUGCAAUCUUCUAUUAUUUGUUUGGUUAUUAUUGAGUGUUUUUAUUAGAAAUAUAUAUUUAUUUUUAUUAGCUUUACCACAGAGCAGUGAAUUUCUUAGCUUAGUACAAACUUUUGGAUGUGCCAAACAGGUUUAAGCACGUUUUAUCGCAUUUAGCGACGGUUUAUUGCAAUAUAAUUAGUUGCAUUAUGUUUCCAUAGGAUAUUUUAAUAUUAAUUAUUCAAUUUUAAUAAUUAUUUUUAUUUAUCUUUUCACGCAAUAACACGUCUUAUGCUAGUCACGUUUUGAACGCACAAAAUAAUUCUAUUUAACAAAAAUAAAUUUUAUUUUUACUUUAUUAUCAUUUUCAAAAUUUCUUAUUUCUUGGCGUAUUUUAUUUUUAAAUGCCAUAUUAGAUAAUAAUUAUGUAAAUACCGUAGCACUUUACGCAAAUGUUGAUGCUUUUGUUUUAUAAAUUAAAAAAUAACAGUUUAUUUUAACAUUAUACGAUUAUUAUUUUAACUGGAAAACAAUUAUUUACAAAAUGAUUUGUAUAGUUGUGUAGGUAUAUAUAUAAAAAAUAUUCAUUAUUUUUUCAGAAGACUGCCGUUACUUAUCUUUUGUAUGUAAAUAAAUCAAAAUGGAAUUGUAAUUGAUAAAUAAAAAAUAGCGAUUUUUCACUGAACUUACAGUCAACAGGACAAUUGAUCACAAUUGGACUAAGCGUCAAAGUUACAUAAAACUAACAACUACUAGAACUUUGGACGACAAUUACCUUGAGUAGACAAACAGAAACACAAGACAUUCUUUUCAUCACGGAUGUUCACACAGCCCAAAUACUUAAUACAUUUAUUUUUAUUUUUCAAACAAGCAUAAUUAAACAGCAAUAGCCCAGAAAUCAUUUUUAAAUGAUUAAUAGUUGCAUUUUGCAAUUAUACAAUCAUUAAACAAUAAACUUAAUAAUGCAUACAGUUGCCGCAAUAGAUUUAUAGUUCACGAUUGUAAAAUAUCCCCCUGUUUUACAUAAAAAAUAUGGGGGAUUUUUUGCAAUCCCAAAUUUAAGAGAAUGUCAAGUGUUGCCGAAUAUUAAUUCUUUUUAAUAUUAUCAACAUGUAUUAUAUAAGGGACAAUUUAUGUGAACCAAAUGAAUGCACUUUAUUUCGUUCAUACAAGUUGUAUUAAUACGUAUAAUCGUAACAUAGGUAGGGUAAAAAUAAGCUGAUUUUAAUGUACGUCAUUGUUUCAUUCUUGAAUUAAUAUUGGUAUACUCGUCCAGUGGUGCACUAUAUCCAAGUGUUCUCUCUGAUGCGUUAUAUCAAUGUAAAUAGGAAAAAAAAUCAAUGCAAUAGCCCAAAAAUCAUUGUUUAUUUCCGUAUCGUGUUCUUAUUUUUGUGGAAGAAAGAUGUUUUUAUUUCGAAAUAAUUUUCUUAAUUCUUUAUUUCGUUAAUGAAAUACACAACUUUUCGGCAAAGAUUUAUUUAUUGUUUUGGAACGGACAGGCAAGUAACAUCGAGACGCGAAUGGUUACCAAUACCGUAUACAUAAUAUGUUUUCUAGGAAACGUGAGUAAAAAUUCAAUUAUAUUGGACGUGAAACCAUUUUGACUGAUACAAACCAAAAAUGAUAUGAUAAUCGCAGUAAAAUUCCAAGUGAACGGAUCGCUAUUUAUGUGUAAAAAUGUCCUCAUAAAUUUAAUAUAUAAAUAAAUUAAUAUAACAACAAAAGAAGUUCCUAUGAAUAUUGUAUAAAAGGUAUUGUUUUAAAUUUAGGUCUUAGUAGAAGGAAAAAUUUAUGAACGUUUGGUAUUUUUAAAGUUAUAAUUAAUGAACCAUCAUGUUAGGGAACUUGACUCGGGAGGUGACGAGUUGUACAAAAAUAAAAAAGCACGGAUCGUGAAUCCUAACAUUAGAUUUUUAGAUCAAAAGUUACGUUUCCAAGAAAGUGUUCAUGUCGCAUCGUGGUUCAUAUUUUUGCGCGCCGUAUUUCAUUGUAAAAAUAUUUGUAAAAAAAACAUAUUCAAGUUGUAUUUUCGAGAUGGUAAAAUUUAAUUAUAAGAAUUUUUGAUUAAGAUACGAAAAUAAAAUGAAAAAAAUAGUGUUUAGGUAUAAUACGGCGCGCAAAAAUGUGGAAAUAAACGUAUUUUCUGUGAUCAUCGAAAUGGAAUAGUUAUAACAGAUCGUGUCUGCGAGUUGUCAGAGGUUACUUUUAAGUUUUCGAAGGUGAAUUUUUUUAAUGUUAUACGGAAAAAAGGUGAAAAUGUUUUUCUACAUUUAUUUUAUGAGAAAAAAAUCCGUAGUUAAGCAGUGUACAUUAAAUAUAAAGCCUAAUUAACAGUAAAGGCGAUGUACGGAUCGCCGAUACGGAGUCAAAUAAUAUUACAUUUGUGCACAUUUGUAAUAUUUUUGACUGUUUUUUAGUAUCAAUAGUACCUACUGGAUUCAGUUGAUGUCAUUUCACAUGCAGUACUUAGUCUGCAUGAAUCUCAAUUUUUAAAAUGCGCUGUCAGUUUUUAUGGAUACGACGCCUAGAUUAAUUGGCUAUUAAUUAAUGUUUAAAGUUACAAUAUUGUGUUAUUUAAUUGUUUUGUUACUAGAAAAAUCGUUGACGAACGUUUUUUGUGUCACUUUUUUACUGUCCUAUAAAGUUGGGAUGGUUGGUUUGUUCAUAUUAGAACAGUAAAAAAGUGACAAUAUGAGUACUCACUUACAAAUAAAAUUGUUCUUUCAUCUGAACAUCGAAUCGCGACCUACAACUAGCGAUUACAUUACAUUUUUUAUUUCAAAGUUAGAGGAAAAAUAUUAACAACUGCUACUUUGAUAUUUUGAAAUAUAAAAAAUUCUGACCCACACUAAAAUUACCUACAGAAAUAAAAAAGCAUCAUAUUAUUUUAAGAAGCCAAUAGGAUGCAAACAUUGUUUAAAAGAAAAAAUUGCAAAAAUAUAAAUCCAGAAUAGUUUAGCAGUUGAUAAUAUUUUUCUGAAAUUGUUAAGUUUUUAAACAAUGAAUUGCUGUUGAUUUGACUUAAACAUCCUCAUUGACUGUUACAAGUUAUUUAAUUUAUCGCUUGUUCGUUUACGUGUUUGUAUGUCAGCUUGUUUUACUACAUAUUUAGCUAAAUAUACAUCAUUAAUCAUAUAAUUAAGUGUAGUCAGGAUAGCCAGGUUUUCAAUUUAACUCACAUAGUAGUCGUAUAUCUUAAUGUAUCGUAAGUUAGUAUAAUUAAUGUAAUGUAAUACCGGGAUACCAUUUAUAAAUAAUUACUCAAAAGUCUUUGCUUAUAAAUGGUUGAAAAUAUAAUAUAAAUUAAGCGGUCAAAUGCUUACUUUAUAUUAUGACGUAGUAAACAACGAAUAAAAAAACAAAUAAAUACAAAAAAAAAUAUCCGUGUACUUAAACGUACUUAAAUGUCAUAGAUAAUGGAAUUUAUUAUUGGUGUUUUUUGCGGGAACUUAUUACAUCCCGUUCUGCGUCGUAUCCAUUUAUAAACGUACUUUUAAGAAAAAAAUAAUAAUGCAAUCAUCAACUUUUGUAGUAUCCAUUUUUACGAAAGUGAAAAUUUUAAUUUUUCUCCGAAAACAAAAUUACAAAAAUAAAAUUUCAAAAACUAAAAACUGAAAAAUAAAUUGGGUAUUUGAAUCGAAGGGUAUUUUGUCAAUGCCGCUGACAGCGCAUUCAUUUUUUGUCUAUUUUAUUGUAUGCCUAGCCUCUGUAAUGUCACAUACGGCAUUUGCGUUGUUACAACGUUUUUGUUAAAAAUCGUUAACUCUGUUUUCGCAAAACUUUACCCAAUUGGUGUAAUUCUAGUCUUAUCUUUUGUAUCCUCAAAAAUGUCGUGAUUGAUCAAAAAUUGUUGUACGUUUUUGGAAACCGUAAAUUGUAAAAAAUAAAAAUGGAAACUUGUAUAAAUCAAAUAUUGUAAAAAAAUAUUACAAUAUUAUAUUUCGGCGUAUAAAUUGUAAAAUUCAAAAAUGUUUAGACGUUAGAAUAAAAAUCUUUACAGAUUAGGUAGAAGUCAAAAUUCGUGUUUGGCAUGCUGUAUUUAAAUUUAAAGAAGUAAAAAUUAAACAAAAUUGUAAAUAAAUUUUAGAAAUGUGAUGUGACGAUAUUACUGUACCUAAUCGGUGUUUAGGCGAAUAAACAUACCUGUUGGAUAUUUCUUAUUAACUCUCUUAAGUAACGAGGGUUCACGACAGAUCAUUUUUUUUGUUUAAUUAUUUUGUAAUUUUUAUUUUAUUUUUACGAUUAUUUCUCGUGUAUAGAGUUAUACCCUAUAAUCUUAAGUUUAAUUAUUAUUAAAAAUUAUUAAUAUAAAACGAUGCCAUGUUUUUAAGUAAUUAUUUUAGAUUUACUCGAUGUGUUUAUUAAAUAUUAUAUUUUUUAUAAAAGUUAUUAUUUUUUUGUACUCGAUAUUUAGUCAAAAUAAGAACUGCUAUGUAAUUUAUAGUUAAGUUUAGCGUUGUUAUGUUAAGCAAUAUUUUUUUAGUUAUUACAUUUUAUUGAACAAAUUUAAUUAACCCAUUAAUUUUAUUGUGAAAAAGUAUAAUUUUAACAACGGAAAAUGCUUACUGUGUCAUUCAAUUGAGAAUAGUGACUAUAAUUGCCGAAACGGUUAGCUAUAAUUAUUUUAAAAAAUAAAAAGGAUGAUUCAUA